AUGAGGAAUGGUAAAAAUAUGGAGUUGAAUGAGGAUAAUCCUAAGGGAAACAGCGAGCCCACUUCAGUCCAAAGUAGUGUGGAAAAGGAAGAAAAAGUUCAGCAACAAGAUGGUCAAUUUCCUCAACGUUUUCAAAAGCAGCAACAAGAUGGUCAAUUUCGAAGAUUUUUGGAUGUUUUAAAGAAACUCCACAUCAACAUACCUCUGGUGGAAGCUUUGGAACAAAUGCCUAAUUAUGUGAAGUUCUUGAACGAUAUUUUGACAAAGAAGAGGAGGCUUGGUGAAUUUGAAAUGGUUGCUUUGACUGAAGGUUGUAGUGCUACAUUGAAGAAUAAAAUUCCUCCAAAGUUGAAGGAUUUGGGAAGUUUCACAAUUCCAAUUUCUUUUGGGGGACGAGAAAAGUUGGGAAUUGGAGAAGCAAGGCCAACUACACUCACCUUGCAAUUAGCUGACCGUUCUAUGGUGCAUCCGGAGGGAAAGAUUGAAGACGUCCUAAUACAAGUUGACAAGUUCAUUUUUCCAGCGGAUUUCAUUAUUCUUGACUAUGAGGAAGAUAGGGAUGUAUCGAUCAUUUUGGGGAGACCAUUUCUUGCCACUGAGAGGACGUUCAUAGAUGUUGAAAAAUGA